UCAAUUCCCCUAAUAAAUAAUCCUGCAUUUCCCUUCAAGUUUCUCACCUUUUUCUUGAUUUUCAUUUUCCAGUACUGGUGUUUCUCCAGAACUACACUCCCCUUACAAUGGCAUUGUUCUCCAAAUUCUCACUCUUGUGCAUGUUCAUGAUCUGGGCCACUUUCUGGACCGCAGCUCACUCCGCCGGCCACACGGCGCCGGCCCCCGCUGUCGACUGCUCUAGCUUGGUGCUCAACAUGGCGGACUGCCUGUCAUUUGUUACCGCUGGAAGCACCACCAAGAAGCCUGAAGGAACCUGUUGCUCUGGCCUCAAAACUGUGCUAAAAACCGACCCACAGUGUCUCUGCGAAGGCUUUAAAAACAGUGCACAAUUUGGUGUCACUCUCAAUGUUACUAAGGCCUUGGCUCUGCCCUCUGAAUGCCAUGUCUCUGCGCCCUCCGUUAGUAACUGUGGCCUGAGCAUUGGCUCUGUCACUGGUGGUGCUCCAGCUCUUUCUCCAUUGCCAUUGCCUCCUAGCUCAGUUGCUGGUGCUCCAAGUACCGGAAUUGUUGCUAAUGAAAUUGCUCCUACACCGACUCUGGGAAUAUCUGGUUCUUGUGGACUCACCAUCUCCUUGGGAGUACUUAUCUUCACUAUGGUACUGGCUUCUAUCUUCUGAUCAUUUGAUACUCAAUUUUCAAAUGAGAAUGGAUUUCAAGAGGGAUUGUUAUUAUCUUUGUUUGAUUUAACUAUUCGGGUGUUCUAUAUUACUAGUCCUUUUGGAUUUCAGACGUGAAUAAAUAGGAUUGAUGUUUAGAUACAUAUAUCGUUCUACUAUUAUUGAACAACUUAACUUGAAUAUUUAUUUUACUCGUGGUUCUUCUA